AUGACAUCGCGGCUGUCAAUCAAGGUCGACGCUGGGGUUGGAGCUUUCAGUGUAAGCCCGUCUGGCCGCGAUAUCGCAUUGGCAUCUCAGAAUGGCAUACAUAUUCUUGAUUUAGAAGCACCGUUUUCGCCGCCCCGCUGGCUUCCAUUGCACACCAUCUGGGAAGUUGCGGAUAUCCAAUGGUGUUACCAUCCAAGCCACCCAACAUGGAUUGUUUCGACUUCUAACCAAAAAGCAAUUCUUUGGAAUUUAGCAUUGCCAAGUCACAGGGCGAUUGAGCACGUCUUGCACGGCCACAAUCGAGCAAUUACCGAUAUCAACUUUAGUAUUCUUCGAAGAGACGUUUUGGCAACUUGCUCGGUUGACACUCGAGUUUUGGUAUGGGAUACACGCAACACAACCAAGCCGGCAAUUAAGUUCGCUGAUUUUGACGCGGGUGCUACUCAGGUUCGCUGGAAUAAGAUCAACCAGCAUGUUUUGGCCUCCGCCCACCACCGUCGAAUUGUAGUCUGGGACGAUCGAAGAAACAAUAUCCCCUUGUACAAUAUUGAAGCUCAUACAGGUCAAGUCAAUGGGUUGGAUUGGGAGUUCAAAUCGGCAAACCGCAUUCUGUCGUGCUCCACUGACCGUGAAGUCAAAGUCUGGGACCUUACCCCGGGCACAGCAGAGCCAAUAACUGACAUUGUGACCACAUUCCCUGUUUGGAGAGCAAAAUAUAUGCCCCGUGGUCCAGGAUGUUUGAUAGCGCCUCUUCGUGGUGGUGGAAACAGUGCCUAUCUCGUAGACCUCAAAGAUGCGGGGUCCAAGGCAAAAUUACCCGCUAUCACCAAGCUCACAUUCGACGGUCACAGCGAGCCUAUAAAAGAGCUAGGACUUCGAAGACAAGGAGAUGGGUUUGAACUCGUCACGCUGUCUAAAGAUCACCACUUGAAUCUAUGGCCUAUUACGCGUGAAGAUUUGACAUUGGUAGAGUUCCCAGUAGAGGAAAUGCCUCCUUUCCCUAGACGUGAUGUCACAUUCCAUGAUGAACCAGAAAUGCCCACAAGACGGGUUUCAGCAAGUAACGAUUCGUUCAAGCCACUUGUUAUCAGAGAUGAGACACACAGAACAGGAAAUGGCCACCUGGACUGGAUCUCUCGAGUUCAAUUGGUGUCAAACGUCGAUGUCGAUAAAGAAGUCCUUCAGGAUGCUCAUGUCAAUUUGUCGAAAGAAGUGACAAGAAUGGGCACCAAAUUCCCAAAACUCCAUUUCGAGAAUAUCGAUUUAGCUACUGGAACCUGUACCCUAACAUUGAGAGGGCCAUGGGCACCAAAAGAAGAAUUGACAACAUUGAGAGUAACCUUCAUGUUUCCCCCCGAUUAUCCACAGUCCCCUCUUGCGGUUGCUCUAGAAGAGCACUUGUCGAUAGAACCGCAAAAGUUUGCUGGCCUCGAAGCUCAUUUAAAGGAAGCAACAGCUGCGCUAGCUCAGCAUUCUCAAGGAUCCUUUGAAUACUGUCUCCGAUACCUUAUGGGUGAUAGAGUAUCGUUAGAUUUUCUAGUCCAAGAUGCUGCCCUGGACAGGUUGGUGUUCUCAGCACUGUCUGAUAGCGAUAACGGACAUUCGGACAAUAGCAGUUAUGCUGAUGAUUUCAUGUUUGCGGAAGGAUCAGGCCAGGCACCCAUCGCAUUGGCUGCCGAGGAAGGGUUUAUUUCGAAACCACAAAUCGACUCGACGCCUCUACCUAAACAAUGUGGCGCGGUUUGGACGCCUCAUGGCCAAUUAUUGUGCUUUUUCAAUCAUAACAAAGCAAAGCCCAGUUAUCAAACUCCUCUACCUCUCGAUCGUAUUUUUGCUGGCGAAGAUUCCGAUUCCGAAGAUGUGUAUGAGAGUGAUAGUGACGAGUUUAUGAUUGAUGAUCCGGCCAGACACAACUGGUCUUCUGCUGCUGUCAAACUAACAACGAUGCUGCAUGCAAAUGGCCCCAUAAAUGGUUCUGGCCGGAGGGACUCUUUAGGAACAGGAAGUCAAACGUCGCUAAGUGGCCACACAAGCAAUACUGGACCCAGGAACCAUAUUGUGACCAUUGAUUUUUCUUAUUUGAUUCCAUCCAGUAUAGAACUCGCGAAAGAGUAUUCUUUAGAUCUUGGACGUGAUCCAGUUGAAUUGGCAACCGCCAAUGCCGAGGCCGCAGAAAAAGCUGGCCGGCCGUUCGAUGCAUAUCUAUGGCGGUUUGUUCUUUACCUUACAACCAGUGAUGAGCUAUUUGACCCAACGGUUAUGUUUACAGGGUUCUCCGCAUUUGUUUUACGCGAACCUAUCUGGGACUGGACUGGGUCUCCAUUUGGUGGAUUUACAGUUGGGCAAGAGCUCGCGGAAUAUCUGGAGCGAACCCAAAACUUGCAGCUUCUGGGGAGCCUUAGUUUGUUAUUUGUAGAGGUCUGUUACGGUCCGUACCGCGGAUACCCAACCAUUCCGGUUUUACGCGAUAGAACUGACGGACAACGAGAUUCAGGUGAGAAGGUAUACUACAUGGAUAUGGCAGCAAAUGCGCCUGCUGGAGCCGGCAUAGAUGUGAAGAUAAAGACAAAUGAACCGAAAAUUCAGGUUUCUAUGGAGCGUGAACCACUGACAACGCAAAUGCGAGCGGAACCUUCCCCUACUAUUAACUUAUCGGCCACUCCCAACCUCAAUAACAAUCUGUCUAGUGGUACCUCUUGCAGUGAUACACCAAGUCCCAGUCGCACACAAGUUGUUGGCCUGUCUCAAACAGAGUCUGCUACUUGUGCCCCCAGUCAUGGCAGCGGCCCCAAUACGCCAUACGGGUCUCACCCGCGCUCCUUUAGUGAGCAUGAAGUGGGCUCAAAUCUUGGAUUUUUUGACUAUGCUAGUAGUCGACCCAGGCUUUCACGAAACCGAUCGUCAGAGUCGGGGGCACGCAGUGAACCUGGAAGCACCCACGGUAGCAGUAGUACUAUCCCCACGCUGAAUCGACCGGGUGGCGAAAUAGUACGCACAUCUAUUCGCCUUGUGACCAAGGCACCUUACUCUAACGAGUGUAUCGGAGAUUUUAUGAGUUCGGAUGAUUAUGAGGCCAUUUUCAUUGGCUGGCAACAGGCUUUUAUGCGUUAUCGUAUUCUGUAUGCUCGACUGUUGGAACAGUGGGGGUUACAUGAUAAGCGGCUGGAGAUGUUGAAGCACAAUUAUUACCAGAACAGGAAGUACCGACCUCAAGCUCAAAAAGUUGAUGAGUUCCAGGCAAUUGUUGAGCUAGUAGGAGAAGGCAACAACCGACAAUGCGGAUUCUGCGAACGCUCAGUAAUGAAGCAGUUCAUCCAAUGCAGCAAUUGUAACCAUAUUCUCCAUCACCAGUGCUCUGAUGAAUGGUGGGGAGGCAACCAAGGCGAUGAGUGUCCCUCCGGGUGUGGCUGCAAAUGCAUAGACUAUAUAUAA